GCAGUGAAGACGAGACAACCAAAUGAAUACACUCUGCAUCUGUUUCAAUGUUUUCAUUUUGAUAAUAAAUAUUUCUAUGGACAUACUUUGGAGCGGAAAAAUAAACUGAAUACAAAGUGUGAGCAUAGGAACGCCACAUCUGCGAUGGAAAACUUAACCCUGGGCACAAAUAAUUCAGAAUGUUACUCCACUGACGGUUUAUCCAGGAGGAGGCCGUUUAUGUUUUUCUACCUGGCUAUCAUCGUCACUGCCAUCCCUUCCAACGCCUUCUUCCUUUAUGUGUCCUGGCAGCACAUUAGACAGAAGAAUGGGCUUGGUGUGUAUCUAUUCAAUUUGGCCCUGAGUGACCUGACAUUCACUAUCGGCCUUUCCCUAUGGCUGGACUUCCAAUGGAAAGGAGUUUGGGCCCACGGGGGCUACGUUUGUGUGCUAUCUGUCUACUCUCUCUUCACUAACUUUUACACCAGUGAUGCUCUCCUCUGCUGCAUUGCUGUUGACCGCUACUUGGCAGUGGUUCACCCAUUAAAGUACACUUUCCUGAGGAAAGUUGGCACUGCAGCAGCGGUCAGCGUCGCCAUUUGGGUGUUGGUGGUCUCUUUCAAUGCCAGCACCAUCACAUGGGAGGACUCAUACCAUGAAAACAACAACUUCUCAAUGUGCUUUGAUAUCGUCCUCCCGAUGUCAGAUCACUUGGUUCGGGCUAAUGUAGCACGCUUAAUCCUGGGCUUUAUUGUUCCCUUUCUCGUUGGGGUGUUUUCCACUUGGGGGAUCUGUGAGGCAGUGAAAUCCAACCAGGCCACAGAGGAACAGGAACGUAAACGGAUUUCAAAGCUGCUGACAGUAGCUCUGCUCUGCCUAUUGUUCUGCUUCGGACCUAUCCACGUCAUGAUGCUCCUCCGCACAGUAGUGGAUGACUGCAGGAAUCUUGCAUGGCUCCUUUAUCCAUACAAGAUCAGCAUAGCUAUCUCAAGCCUCAACUGCCUUGCAGACCCUCUCCUUUACUGCUUCAUUACUAGAACGGGGAAGGCAAAUGUCAAUCUGGUUGUUCUCUUCUUCCAGGUAAAGAAGAAGAGGAGAGAUGAAGAUGUAGUGUAGAUUUAAAUAAAGUACAGAAAUAAAUAAUGUAUCUACCUUGUAAUGAACUCAACACGUUAAGACAUUAAACAGUAGAAUAUGAUCCUGAAGUUAACACAAAUACAGACACUGCUUCAAAUGUGAGACAUUUGUCAAAUGGAAAGUUGUUAAAGGACAAAGCUUGUGGAGUUUAUCUUAUUGACACUUAGUUUUCUAAGUGUCAAUGACUCUCAUUAAAAGACCAACACCAACAAUGAGUUAGUCUGUCUCUCAAAACCUCUGUAUGCCUAAAAACACUCAUCAAGUAAGAGUCCUUCAUUUAAGAUCAUACUCAAGUAUAAGAAUGUAAGCACAAAUUAUUUAAAGCAUCAAGCAUUAAGUACUCAGUAAAAUUGCUGUUGUCACUGCUUCACUGAUGAUGUUUUUGGAAUAAUAUUACUGCUGAUUUCAACUAAUUUAUGAACUGUUUGGUAGAUAAAUGUACAGCAAAGCUAAAAUGUAUUUUUUUUGUGAGUUGAGAACAACAGUCCUCAUCUCGGCUUUGUGACGGUCCAGAGGGUUUUUAGGAGGGUUUCCGCAAACCAUGAACGAACACUUAACCCCUCAGUUUAUUGCAAACAUUUAAAAUCACCAAAUUUGGAGAUAAGUGGUUUCCACUGGACAGGAAGGGUAUGAAAAAUAGUAAUUUGGAAAGAAACAAGUAACUAAAGCUGUCAGACAAAUGUA